AUGCAACACUCUUCGGUGCUGCUCCUUCUACUCUCUCUUGUGAUACUGCAACAACUCUGUGCUGCCACGCCUUGGUGGCCUUCCAACGAUGUCGGCUACGAUGCCAGUCUGGAUCCUGUGGCCUGGUCCCGCGCAUUCGUCCAGGAAAAAGUACGCACAUCCCGCAGAAACAAGAACCGUCACCAGCAGUCCACCGGCUGGUGGUACCACACGCCCACUGCUCCCGAGCCGACGGCUGCUCCACUGCACUUUGUGGACCGGAAUAACUACAGGAGAUUCCUGAAGAGACGCCGCAAGCUGGCGGCACAUCCAGCGUAA